AUGCUGAACCAGGGGGUCAUAGUCUAUAUUGAUGACAUCUUGAUCUAUUCGGAUACCCUGGACUCACAUGUGCAGCACGUGCGGGCAGUUCUUCAGAGGCUCAUUGACAACCAGCUAUAUGCCAAGAUUGAGAAAUGUGAGUUCCACCAGACAGUUACCUCUUUUCUUGGUUGCAUCAUUAGCGCUGAGGGGGUAGCGAUGGAUGACAGGAAGGGUAAUCCUCCCAAACUCUUUCCCUGUGCCUUCUACUCUCGGAAACUCAACUCUACGGAGCAGAACUAUGAUGUAGGAGAUCGGGAGCUUCUAGCCAUGAAAGCCGCCUUGGAGGAAUGGUGUCACUGGUUGGAGGGGGCCAAACUUUCCUUUGUGGUUCUGACUGAUCACUGCAACCUCGAGUACCUCAGAUCGGCCAAACGACUCAAUCCACGGCAGUUUGAAGCAGCUCAGAUCCCUCCUUCCAAGGAACCCAUAAUCCCCUCUAACCUCAUUCUCGCUCCUGUUCAGUGCGACAUUAUGACAGAAAUUGCAGAGGCCCAGAUCAGUGAACUCCCUCCGCCAGAAUGUUCCCCCGAUCGUACCUAUGUUCCUACUAGCCUUCUUCAUCCCGCUUUCUGCGUGCCUAUUGCCAUCAGAAUCAGAACGACUGGAGUCGCUUCCUCCUGUGGGCGGAAUACGCACAGAAUUCUCUCCGCAAACCAUCCACCGGCCUUACGCCUUUUCAAUGUGUACUCGGUUUCCAACCUCCCCUGUUUCCCUGGUCCGGAGAACCCUCAGAGCUCCCUGCCGUCAACGGCUGGCUCCAAAGAAGAAGUUGAGUCCCAGCCCGCCGGUUGUCCGAGAGGAGAGAGGGACCAGGAGGAUGCCGUGAAUGAGAGUCCCCCUCCCAUCAUCGUGGACUGCGAGGAGGCGUACCAGGUACGGGAAAUCCUGGACUCCCGACGCCGGGGCAGGUUACUUCAAUACCUCAUUGACUGGGAGAGGAAGAAAGAGAAAAGGGCAAAAGGAGCAGAGGAGGUCAGUGGCAGGAGGAACGCCAUCAGGCUGAGCAGAGAAUACACGGUGGAGACGGUCGUGGUGGCCGACGUUGACAUGGUGCAGUAUCACGGAGCUGAGGCCGCCCAGCGCUUCCUGCUCACCGUCAUGAACAUGGUGUAUAACAUGUUUCAACACCAGAGUUUGAGUGUGAGGAUCCACAUCCGGGUCACCAAGUUGGUUCUCCUGCACACCCGUCCAGAAAAGCUGAAGGUGGGCCACCAUGGAGAAAAAGCCCUGGAGAGCUUCUGUCACUGGCAGCAUGAGGAAUACGGCACACGAUACCUGGGAAACAAUCACGUUCCUGGGAGCAGAGACGAUCCUCCUCCUGUGGACGUGGCUGUGCUGGUCACCAGAACAGAUUUUUGCGUCCAUAAAGAUGAGCCUUGUGACACAGUUGGAAUUGCUUAUCUGGGCGGCACCUGUAGCUCCAAGAGGAAGUGUGUGCUGGCGGAGGACAACGGACUCAACCUGGCCUUUACCAUCGCUCAUGAGCUGGGCCACAAAUCGAAAGCAAGUGCCUGUUUGCUGCAUACUGACCCACGUAACCGCUACCUCAUCCGUCUGCCGGCCAAACUUCCCGGGAUGCACUACAGCGCUGACGAACAGUGCCAGAUCCUCUUCGGCAUCAACGCUACGUUCUGCACUGAUAUGGAGCACCUGAUGUGUGCUGGUCUCUGGUGUUUGGUGGAAGGAGACACGUCAUGUAAAACGAAACUAGAUCCACCGCUGGACGGCACUGAAUGUGGAGCCGACAAGUGGUGCAGGGCGGGUGAGUGUGUCAGUAAAACACCCAUCCCGCAGCAUGUGGAUGGAGACUGGAGUCCAUGGAGCACGUGGAGCAUGUGCAGCCGAACAUGUGGCACAGGAGCGUGCUUCAGACAGAGGAAAUGUGACAACCCCCCGCCUGGUCCAGGAGGAAAGUACUGCCAGAAGACCAGCGUGGAGCACAAAGUGUGUGAAGGGCCGCCGUGUACGAAGGGUCUGCCCACGUUUAGAGAUCAGCAGUGUCAGUCUCAUGACCGGCAGGCCAGUAAGAAGAAAAGCCAGAUGUGGACAGCUGUGAUCGACGAUGAAAAGCCAUGCGCUCUGUAUUGUUCACCCAUCGGCAGUGAUGCACCGGUACUAGUGGCAGAGCGUGUGCUGGACGGAACGCCAUGUGGACCUUACGAGAGCGACCUGUGCGUGAGCGGAAAAUGUCAGAAAAUCGGCUGUGACGGCAUCAUCGGUUCUUCUGCAAAAGAAGACCGGUGCGGCAUCUGCAACGGUGAUGGGAAAUCCUGCAGGAUCAUCAAAGGAGACUUCAACCACUCCAAAGGGAUGGUCCCUCAUAGCCUUUGUAAGAAGGUUUCUACGUGUGUGAUGUCGAAACCCAGAGCUGUUCUCAAGUGUUUCUCAUGUUACAUCGAGGCAGCUGUCAUUCCGGUGGGAGCUCGGCGAAUCAAAGUUGUGGAAGACAAACCGUCCCAUAGCUUUCUGGCUCUGAAGGACUCCAGCAAGCGAUCCAUAAACAAUGACUGGAAAAUCGAGCUGCCAGGGGAGUUUGAGCUUGCUGGCACCACGGUCCGCUACGUGAGGAGAGGACUGUGGGAAAAAAUGUCUGCCAAGGGACCCACUAAGACUCCACUCCACCUCAUGGUUCUGCUGUUCCACGAUCAGACGUAUGGGAUCCAUUAUGAGUACACGGUUGCCCUGAACCAGUCGCAGGAGAACGUCAGCGGUCCGGUGAAGGAACCAGAGCACAUGUACCUGUGGACUCACAGCAGCUGGGAGGACUGCAGUGUGCACUGCGGAGGAGGGGAGAGAAGGACUGUGGUCUCGUGCAUGAGAAUCGUUAACAAGACCAUGACUCAAGUCAACGACAGCUACUGUCAGGUGGAGAACAGACCCGCGCCUCAGAUCCGCCGCUGCAACAUCCACCCCUGCCAAUACAGGUGGGUGACAGGCGAUUGGACGCAGUGUUCAAUAACCUGCGGGAAAGGCUUGCAGCAGAGGGAAGUUGGCUGCGUGUACCAGCUGCAAAAUGGCACAUACAUCCCCACCAGAGACCUGUACUGUCUGAGCUCCAAACCAGCCAGCGUACAGCACUGCGAGGGACGCCACUGCCUCACCGUCUGGGAGGCCUCCGAAUGGUCCAAGUGUUCCUCUGAAUGUGGUCGCGGCAGCAGGAAGAGGACAGUGACCUGCACCAAUCCUCAGGGUCUCUGUGAUCCCGUGUCUCGUCCAGCAGAGGUGGAGACAUGUGAGGAUCACUCCAAAUGUUAUGAGUGGAAGACCGGCGAAUGGUCCAAGUGCUCAUCAUCCUGUGGGCGGGGCCUGCAGUCCAGAGUGGUCCAAUGCAUGCACAAAGUGACCGGUCGUCAUGGUAGCGACUGCCCAGCAGUCCUGAAGCCCACCGCGUACAGGCAGUGUCAUCUUGGGACGUGUAAUGUGAAAGUCAAUGUGAACACCAUCACCUCCCCUAGACUGGCUGCAUUGACGUACAAGUGCACGGGGGAUCAGUGGGCGGUUUACUGCAGGGUGAUCCGAGAGAAGAACCUGUGCCAGGACAUGCGCUGGUACCAACGCUGCUGCCAGACCUGCAGAGACUUUUACACCAACAAAAUGCCCCCUAAGAGUUAAUGACCCUGGCACUCCCACACACAGAGGUUUAUUUUUGCCUUCUCCAUUUGUACUGUCAAAAACAAUGUUUUUUAUUCUUAUUAAAAAUGUUCUUACAUGAAAAAAUGAAAGCAGUGGAACCGAUAUUUCCAGCAGAACACACUCUAUGCAAGUACGUAAACGUAACCAUUUCUAUGCAUAACUUUAUCACCCCCCUGCACUGAGUAUGUACUUGCAGUGUGUUUGCCAAGCGUUUGCGUACUUGCAUUACAUUUGUUUCUUGUUUACGGGCUUUAAGGUUUCUUGUUUUGUCAUGUUUUGCUGGAAUCCACACUUUGGCCCUGGAAGUGACUUCUUCAGCAUACUGGCCUGCCUGUUGCACUGUGGGUAAAGCUCAUUUCACCAAAAACUGCUUUCUUAAGGCCACUGGUUGGCCAAUAACUGAUGGACUUUGUAACAACAGCUUGUUUUUUUCCAGCUCCGUAUCGACAAUCUUUUGUUUUGUUUUUGAUUUUAUUAUUAUAAUUAGCUGUCUUGUUAUAUUGGCUCUGUAAUCAAAACCUAGUGAACUUCCUUGCUCCUUCAAUCACAAUUGAUUUCAGUAGAGUUUAGAAUUGACCUGUUUCUAAGCUAACAAUGCAAUACUCACACAAAUAUUGGACAGCAUUGUAGUUUUUUUUAUUA